CUGCACAGAAACCAUAGGUCCGGCGAUCAUACAACCUGUGCUUAUUUGUAGGACAGGCUUGUGUGUUGUUGGUAAAAUAGGGUUUGUCUACUCCAUUACUUUGUUCAUUAUUUGGCCAAAAACAAAAAGUGUUACUUCAUGCCCCGCUCUCCCCUAAAGUGGAUAAUGUACUGAUGUUACUUAUCCAGUUAAAGUGUAAAAGGGAAAACAGUCUGUAAUGGUUAAACACAUUAUACACAUAUUAAUGAAACCUGAUUUUCAUUAAUUGUUCAUUUAAUCAAAUGUAUAAUGUUUUGCUUUAGUGAUUCUGCUUUCUCUUUGUAUAAAACCUCCACGUAUGAAUCCUCUAAAAUGUUAGGUGAAGACCUGGUGGUGGUAAGACAAAAUGUGUUGAAUCAUAGGCAGAUGCGUAUUACUGCUUAAAUAUCUUAAAGCUGUUACAUUUAUUGACUACAUGUACAAAAACACAACCUGCGAAGGAAUAUUGUUAAUAGUUAUUAAUUAAAAGUUUUCCUCUUGCUGUUUUAGUCAUAAAAGAAAGCUUCAGAAUGCAAGCAGAUAUAACGGUAACCUUAGUUUAUCUCAACUUUUUUUGUACAGUUAUACUCUCAUACUUCCAUGUCUGAGGCUGGUAAUACUUUAACGGUAACAGGUCAUUGCAGCUCAUGUAAAGUCUUAAACACACACAUACACGCACUUACAUGCCUUAAAUCAGGUCACUGAUUUUCUUUUUUAUUGUUAAAGCAAGAUUGAUAACUUUUUUGUCAAAAAAAAUCAGAUCCCUUUUCGCAGCGCAGCAUCAUACUUAUUUUUUAUUUUGAGAAGCAACAAGUAUUAGUUUAGCAUUGUAACUGCUGUCAAGUCUUCAUUGUUUUGGCUUUCAGCAGUGACAUUUGAAUUACUCUGAACUAAACUUCAGCUGUGUAUUUUUAGAGACUUUUUUACUUGACUGUAUCUUUUUAAAUAAUUCUUUUAAUUCUGGUAUUUAGAUGCUUAUUUUUUGCAGUGAACAAAGCCUUACAGAUUUGACUGUGCCUAUCUCUUCAUUCUUCAUUUUUUCAUUUUAUUUAAAUAUAACGUUGAAAUUGGAAAAAAGUUUAAUCUUAUCCACUAUUGAUAUUGAUCUCUUAACGUUUUUUUUUUUACAUUACAAAAAUGUCAGUCUUGUAACUUAAAUUGUGAAUUACAUGAUCAAAUUAUUUCUGAAUAUAUGCAACUUUUUUUCUUUCCUGUUUUGUGUAGGACUGAAAAUCUACUGGUCUCAUAUUCACUGCAUACACAAACUCUGGUCGAACCAGCUCAGUUGUUAGAUCCUGUAAUCUGACUAAUCCAACAGAGUUUGUUUGGAAUUGACUUACUGAAAUCAACUAAUACAUCAUGGCUCAUGAACAGGACUACCACACUCUAAUGUCUGGACUGCAAGAGCUUAAUUUUGAAGGGAAUCCAGUCCCCUGUCAUUUAAUACUAAUAGGUGAACAUUCUUUUCCCCUUGCCAUGAAUUCACGUGGUCAGGUACUGAUAGCUGCAUCUCAUUAUGGUCAGGGACGUGUGGUGGUGUUGGGACAUGAAAAUUACUUAAGACGCUUUCCUGGCCUGAUAAUGAAUGCCUUGACAUGGCUCAGGCCAGAUACCCGAGAUGCCGGGGUUGUAGGGAUUCAGAGUCGUUUACAUGCAGUAGCUGAAAACUUGAACCACUGCAAUAUCAAGACAGAGCUAGGAGACUUUCGGAAUGACUUAUCUAUAUAUAUCACAGAUGCUUACAGUGUUGAGACAUGUGCAAAGGAUCUGGUAGCUUUUCUCAAAGCUGGGGGUGGUUUAAUCAUUGCUGGACAAGCCUGGCAUUGGUCUCACAAACACCCACAAGAAAACAUUUUGAGGAACUUUCCAGGUAACAAGGUCUGCAGUGUUGCAGGGAUUUACUUUACAGAGCAGACCGUAGAAGUCAGCACCUUUCCUGUUCCUGGAAAUAUCCCUUCUAGUUGGCGAGCUUGGUCAAAACCCAAUAACUUUAAAAAGGAUCUAGAGUUCUUGCUGGAAGAUGUGUCCGAGUUUGACACUCGGGGUAAUGCUGUAGCAUCUGAGGUGUUGGUGCACGGACCAUUGGCAUUUCCCAUCGCUCUCACUCCAGAUGGAAAACCAUUUGUUGCUGGUGCCUAUUAUGGGCUAGGUCGAGUAAUUCUGGUAUCCCAUGAAUGCUACCUGAGCAAGAAAACUAUGUCCACUUUCAUGAUCAAUGCCAUCAAGUGGCUUGAUGAGGGUCGCCAGGGUGUUGUUGGGAUCUUACCAAGGCUUAAAGCAGCCCAUGAGGUACUGGCCAAAUCUGGCUUAGAUUGUAAGCUGACUGAUUUCAGAGAUGACCUUAGCGUCUACGUCUGCACUUCCUACAGUGAUGCCCACUGUGCAGAGAUCCAAGAAUUUGUUGCAGAAGGAGGAGGACUUCUGAUUGGGGGUCAUGCUUGGAAUUGGGCCCAGACCCACCGAGGCUCCAAUGUGAUGACUGAUAACCCAGGAAACCGCAUUCUUAACAAGAUGGGAUUGAGUCUAUUGGAAAAUACCUUGAGUGGAGGGUUAUAUAAAGCUCCAGAAGUAGAGCAUAGUAGUGAAGAGGGGUACCACUUUUUGAGAAUGCUGCAGCGAUUUGCUGAACAUGUCAAAUUAGGGCAAAAACUGACUGAUCAAGAACAGGACUACCUGAAGCAGCUGGGCAAAGAUUGUGCCAGUUACCUUCGCAUGCGCUGUUAUGAUAGUGCCGCUUACACUUCAGUGUUAGCUCUUCUUACUGAUGUAGUGAAGAUGCCAAGUUUUCCACAAGUGAGUAGUACCUGUGCUGUGGAAAGUCCCAAAGACCGCAUGAUGCUCCACAUUGGUAAGGAGGUCUACAAAGUGACACCUGAUCCUGAUGACCUUCUUCCAUACAUCAUCAAGGACAGACCCAAUUUGCCCACUGUGUCUAAUGCAAGAGUUCGGAUCACUGCCAACACUGCAGGUUGUGAAGAAUGGAUCAGCACUGGCUUAUAUCUUUCUCCUGGAAUGAAGACAUACAUCACAAUACCUCCAGAGAUCAUUGAAAAAAAAUGGCAGGUACAGCUUGGUUGUCAGACAGAUGACAUUGGUAGAUUAAAGAUUCUGAAGCGAGCUCCUGUGGUCCAUGAGCAAUUCCCCUUGGACUCAGAAAAGGUCCAGGUCUGUAAUCUGUGGGGAGGACUCAUCUACUUCGUAGCACCUCCUAAAAGCAAAGUGGAUGGGGUGGAAAUUGUUGUGCAGACCGCAGUACAGGCUCCAUACUUCAAGUCUGGAGAGACCAGUGUAGCUGACUGGGUGGGCAAGAUUCGUCAGAGACCUGCUCCCUGGGCAGAACUUGAGUUUGAAAACCUCGUCAUGACCUUGCCCUCAGAUUUAAUUCGGAAUCUGGAGCGCCCUGAUGAGGUGGCUGAACUUUGGGAUGCCAUAAUGAGAAGCGUAAGUGACUUGGCAGCAACUCCAGCCAAAUUCCCCCGCAAGGAGCGAUUUGUUGGAGAUGUUCAGAUCUCUGCUGGCUUCAUGCAUUCUGGAUAUCCCAUAAUGAUGCUCUCCAGUUCUGCUUCACAACUACUAAAUGUGAAGGAAGCCCAUAAACAUGAUUUCUGGGGACCACUUCACGAGUUGGGCCAUAACCAGCAGCGUAAGGUUUGGGAGUUUCCUCCACACACUACUGAGUGCACCUGCAACCUGUGGUCAGUGUACGUCCAUGAGAAAGUGCUGGGUGUGAAUAGGGCUAAAGCUCAUCCAUGCAUGACUCUAGAAAGCCGGCAGGCUUGUAUCAAGAAGUAUUUCAGUGGUGGAAAGGAUUUAAAAAACUGGACUAAGGCCACAGCACUCGAGACUUACAUGCAGCUUCAGGAGAAAUUCGGCUGGGAUGCCUUCAAGAAAGUAUUUUCUCUCUACCAUGAUAUGAAAGAUGUCCCAAAUGACAACGCAGGCAAGAUGAAUCUAUAUGCCAAGACCUUCUCCAAGGUGGUCAACCACAACUUGUCUCCAUUCUUCAAAACAUGGGGUUGGCCCAUCCAGCCCAACACAGAACAGGAGCUGUCCCAUCUGCCAGCAUGGAGAGACCAUCCUGUUAGCCAGUAUGCAUAAGAACAUGUUGGAUAGCAAUGAAUAAUGCACACAGUUGUAUAUAAAAUAUCACCUGCAGAAUGCUUAUAUGGAGUUUCUUGGACAUUAUUGAUUUAAUAUAAUUUGUAUUUGAUUAGUGAGGGUGAGGCGCUGGAAUGUGAUUUAAAAGCACUUGAUAUUAAUCAAAUGUGGCUAUAUGCUAAGUGGCCUAAAAUAAAUGUAACCAGAACAUGCACCUACAUAAAUAAAAACAAUUACAAGACUGCAGUUGAACUGUAUUGCUUGUGAUUUUGUUUAAGUGUA